UCGACAUCCACAGCUAUUAGCUGUUACAAUUUGAAUCAUUACUCGGUUUUAUUGAAUACAUUUUAAAAAAAUCGUUUAUUAAACUGUUUAACGUCUUUUAAGACAGUGCCUUUGGCUUUUUGGGUAGAAACGGGUAGGCUUGGUCGAGUGCGGAACCAAACCCGGAAGCUAACUCCGAGGGAGGCAAGAUUUUGACAGCACAACCCGGAAGUUGGCUGAGAGAACAGGAAGAACAAAGAAAGGAAAGUACCCCUCACUCAAAGCCCCAAUUGAACGUACUCAGUGUGUCCACAACGCCCAAUUCAUUCGCCUCUGUUUGUUGACGGGCAGCAACAACCACUUUGUCCUGUUUUGCCUCGCAUGUGAGGACCAGUGUCGGCAGGUUGCAACAUGGCCAACAACGAGCAAGAUGUGGAAAACAACGCGAACCAACAGGAGGCCAAUGGCGGCACCGAGCAGCACCAAGGAGACGGGACCACCGGAGUUCGGUCCAGAGGGGGGUCAGGUGGUCUGGAGCAGAACGGCCAGGCCCCCUCCGCCAGGCCCGCCCCCCAUGUUGCCGAGGCCGACGAGGAGGACGAUGAGGAGCUGACGCUGAAGUACGGCGCCAAGCACGUCAUCAUGCUCUUCGUCCCCGUGACGCUGUGCAUGGUCGUCGUCGUGGCGACCAUCAAGUCGGUCAGCUUCUACACGCAGAAUGACGGACAGAGGCUGAUCUACACGCCGUUUCCAGAGGAUACGGACACGGUGGGCCAGCGGGCGCUGAACUCCAUCCUCAACGCCACCAUCAUGAUCACCGUCAUCAUCGUCAUGACGCUGGUGCUGGUGCUGCUCUACAAGUACCGCUGCUAUAGGGUGAUCCAAGGUUGGCUCUUCAUCUCCUCUCUGCUCCUGCUCUUCUUCUUCUCUUACAUCUACCUCAAGGAGGUGUUCAAGACCUACAACGUGGCCAUGGACUACCUGACGCUGUCGGUCAUUGUUUGGAACUUCGGUGUGGUGGGCAUGAUUUGCAUCCACUGGAAGGGGCCGCUGCGUCUCCAGCAGGCCUACCUCAUCAUGAUCAGCGCGCUAAUGGCGCUGGUCUUCAUCAAGUACCUACCCGAGUGGACCGCCUGGCUCAUACUCGCCGUCAUAUCCGUCUACGAUCUGUUGGCGGUGCUGUGUCCCAAAGGCCCCCUGAGGAUCUUGGUGGAGACGGCUCAGGAGAGGAAUGAGCCCAUUUUUCCUGCCCUCAUCUACUCAUCGACCAUGGUGUGGCUCGUCAACAUGGCCGACACGGACCCGGGGCCCAAGAGGAGCCCAGCUGAAGCGACGUCGUCUCAGCCCGUGCCUCAAGAAGCGGCGGCGUCGCCGUCCGGUCUGUCGGGAGACGACGGCGGCUUCACGCCGUCCUGGGUGAGCCAACAGGAGCACCAGCUGGGGCCCAUACAGUCCACCGAGGACACUCGGCGGGAGAUCCAGCAGAUGCCCUCGGACCGUCCGCCCGUUGAGGAUGACGACGAGGAGCGCGGUGUGAAGCUUGGCCUGGGAGACUUCAUCUUCUACAGCAUGCUGGUGGGAAAAGCCUCAGCCGCUGCCAGCGGCGAUUGGAACACGACUCUGGCCUGCUUCGUGGCCAUCCUCAUUGGCUUGUGUCUCACGCUGCUGCUGCUGGCCAUCUUCAAAAAGGCGCUGCCCGCGCUGCCCAUCUCCAUCUUCUUUGGCCUGGUCUUCUACUUUGCCACCGACAACCUGGUGCGCCCCUUCAUGGACCAGCUGGCGCUGUACCAGUUCUACAUUUAGUAGGAGUAGCUUCCUUUUCCUGAUGGAAAAACUCCCUCGUGACAGGAUGGGAUGACUCGUUUUCUCCAGCUGAGAGGAGAGAGAGAGGGCGUUCCUCGUUUUUUUUUUUUGUUUUUUUUUAUAAAAAGACUUUUUUGUUUUUGUUUUUUAAAUCCAACUCCUGUCUCAGGCACAGCAACGCAAAACUCUUAUUGACUCUCAGCGAGAAUGAUUUUCCACCUUUUUAAUUUAUGCCAGGACGGAGCCUUCCCGGUUCUUCGACUAUCGGGGCAGCAGGUGCCUUGCUCAGGGACACCAGGAAGUCGCUUUCAACGACGCGACCGCCAAGCUGUCCACUUCGCUCCCGCCGAAGAACACCACAAUCUUCAAUAGAAGCGUUCAAAUCCCGCGACCCCUUUCACGUUGCCUUUAAAAGCUGGCAUUUUGACACUUCUUCCCCUAUCUCGUCUGUCUGGAAAGUCAGCACAGAGGACGGGGCUACAAAGUCGCCCUGGAAUUUUCCAGCUUAGCAGUUGGUAGUAUUAGCGCUGUUAGAGAGAGGGUAUCGUACUCCAAAGUUUGUCGCUGUUUGGACGCAUUUUCUGCCGUUUUUCUGUGUUGCUGUUCUAUAUAAAGCGACAUGGAAUAGGUAUCGGGGGGGUACCAAAAACAAAACAAAAAAAGUGUGCUCUAUGUAGAAAUGAAAAGGCAAAUAAAUUCCGUAUUUUGUGUUCCGGCUCCAAUGCGGCAAUUUUGCGGGCUCUUGACGUGCAAAGAGUGACUGGCCGCAACGAGACGGAAUUUAUUCCAGAUCUUCUCUUCCAACUCCAAUGCAGCAGUUUUUCCCGGAUCUCCGCGUAAAAGCUAACGCAGUCAGGUGCUGUUUGCCUGAGCUACACCGAGUUCAGUGUCCUGCUCAGGAUGCCCUUACGCACUACAUCACACUUCCAGACCAAGAGACACGAAAGAUUUGAAUAGCUUAUAUGAAUAUGAAUAAUAACAACUAGUGAUGAGUAUGACACCAUGUCAUCUCCUUUCUUCUCAUACACUUUAAAAAAAAAUAAAAUAAAAAAUAAUAAUAAUUUUUGACAAACUGUUUGGUCUGACAUGCCCUUUAACAUUUGUCUUUUUUGCAAGUUCAACUGUGUCCAUUUGUUUUUUAAAUAAACAAAGAAAAUGAACGAAUGCAGUCCUUUGUUUACACCUUCCAAUCAAUGUGGGACUCUUUAUGUAAACUUUGAAGGCAUUCUUGUAGAAACCUUAAUCUUCCGGACUUUUGAAAGCCAUUCUAAGUUAAAUAAGUCCACUUUUUUAAAGAGUUUGAAAAGGCAUUUUCGGGGACUUGUUUUAUGUAGAAUAUGUCCAUUUUUGUAUAAACCUCAAUUUUCAGGACUUUUUGAAGCCAUUUAAAGUUGUAUGUCAAUUUCCAGGUGUUUUUCCAAGGCAUUUUGUCUAAUACUGCCAUUUUCAAAACAAUGAAGGCAUUUUUUUCAAUGUAAAUUUUGUAGGACUUUUGGAAGCCUUGAUUAGUUAACUUUGCCACAAGGCUUUUUAUGUCGAAUUGUUCAGUUUGCAGGACUUCGAAGGCAAUUUUACAUACCACACGUCCGAUUUCAUUAGCAUUUAUGUCUGGGAUAAUUCCGAGCGGCGUCUCCGGGCCUCGGCAUCACCCAUUAUAGAUCCACUAAUGGGAUUAGCGUGUCAGGGAAGAACAAGGAGGAUAUUAGACGAGAAUAAUCGCCUGCGCGGCAACAGUCGCCGAGGCGGAAGACUGCAAAACGGAGCGGACGUUGACGACGAUGUCCCAGGACAAGCUGGAGAGCCUGAUUCGCCGCAUGGAGGAGACUCUGUCCGAGAUGGAGCAGCUGAAGGCGCACUGCGGCCGGCAGAACGACGAGCUGAGCCAGCUGGUGGUGGAGCUCCGACGGGAGAACCAGGAGCUGGUGGAAAAGUACGGACAGCUGGCCGGAGACAUGCGCGAGGCCCGGGAGCUCAUCGACCAGCUCCAGGACACCAAGUACGCCUUCAACGCCAAGGAGCGCCAGGCCCACAAGCUCAGCCGACAGCUCUGAAGCACUCGAAGCGGACGUCGACGACGUUUAGAACGGAAAGAGAAGCCGCGGACUCCCGAGGAGACUCUUUCAUUACAAGAAGAUGGCGCAAGUCGCGCCGGGCCUCGUGAACGGUUUUAUCUGUAGCCGUCUGGCAAAGCUAAAAAUACGGCGUGAUCCCGCGCACAAGCCGAGCGGAUUGCGCUGAAGGAAAAAGUGUAGAACGCAAAAUGCAAUAAAGUUGUUCAAUUCCAA